AUGGCCAUCCCGGAGGCGACGCGGGCAAAGGCGAUCGCUCAACUCACCGCCAUUCUCAGCGAACUGCGGGAGUUCGAGCCGACCGCCGCCGCCGCGUACGCCGAGUCGGUGGUGUCCGCGAUGGCCGCUGCCUUCACCGACAAGGAAGACUUUCGAGAUCAGUUGAUGAGUCUUUUGGCGAAUAUGCGAAGUCUCGACGGUGAGUUAACUCAGGUUGGCCCAGCCGUCCUCGCUACAAUGAAACCACAAGAGAUGCUUUCAAGAAAGCAGCGACAAGAGCGGAAUCGUUUCUUGCGAAAGAGGACGCGUGAACAGAUUGUUUAUGAUGCUACUAGUAUGCUUUGCACGACGUGCAAACUUGUACGUCCGGAUCGCCUUAACCUCAACCAACUGGCACUAGACUCAGAGGAAAAUGGAACACAAUUUGAUUACAACUUUGAUAAUCUUUGUCAAUGCACUCAUGACAGUGAUGAAGACACGUCAAGUACAUCAUCAUCAUCGGAUACAGAUAAAGACGAGGUGUCUACUAAUAAGGAUGACUCCACGCACUCGUAA